AUGGCGGAGCCAACAUUUACGGUGUAUAUACGGCUGCCCGUUUCCCGGGGCAAGUUCGCCGACCCCCCACCUAUCCACUGGGACGCCGUAAAGGAUGACGAGCUUUGGAGCAUCAUCUCAGGCGCGGCCCAGACGGAGAUUGACUCGGCACGAUUCGAUGUCAACGUUGCUUUCCUACUCCAGCAGGUCGCCUACCUCACCGAUCGACACGCCGCCCAGCUGCGAGCCCAAGUACGAAAAGCUACGGCCGCCGCUGCCGUCAAGACUGAUCCCAGUGCCAGCGGCCACGCGCGUACAGCCUCGGCGCUCUCCAUUCGUCGCGAUUCACCCCUCCCUCACAGCGGCGGACCCAGCACGCCCAUCACGACCUCUCUCCUGCGCCCCAACAUAUCGCGCAACGCCUCCAACAGCACCGCCGUGCAAUCUCCACGUCUCGCAUCCGCGCAAGCCCAGCGCCGCCGCCUGUCCUCCCUGCCCAUCGAGUCCACCACCACGGCUGCUGCUGCCCCUGUUGCUCGCCGUGGCGCUGAGCAGUCCAGCAGUUCGGCAGAUGAUGACGAAGACGACGACGACGAUGCGUCAGAUUCCGACUCCGACUCCGACUCGCUGCCAGCUCAGUCCCGUAUCAUCCGCCGUCCGCCACACUAUAAACCCUCCUCCCACCGUGACGGCGCUGGCGACUUUGGGCGCCGCCGCCCGCUGACGAUGACGACGACACGGAACACGGACCGCAGAGCCCGCGUUCGGACAGCAGCAGCAGCAUCAACAGUCCAGCAGCCAGGACCUCGGCUCGACGCUACGCGGGCGACCAAGGCGCCGCGUCGCAGAAGCCAAAGGCAAAACAACAAUAUCCACGGCGACGCACCGCCUCUGAAACUUCAGACUCCAUCGCCACCAGCUCCGCAGCGAUUGGCCGCGAUCGCCUGCCUGUGCAAAGCCGAGGUGACAGGUCUCGGACGCAGCAGGGCGGCGGGCCACUCGGGCCGCUUUCGCCUCGGAGGACGGCGGAGCUGA